AUGGAAAUUGGGCCACCCAGGGCUGCCAUCCAAGCAGCAAGACUGAUGGACGUUUUCACGGCCCACGGGCCUAGCAGCCACCUGCUCUCCCGGUUCUGUUCUCAGCAUCGUCCACUUACUGCCGUGUUUAAGUUCAUCUCAAAGAAGGACCCAGAGGAUAUCAAAGAGGUGGUGGUCUGGAAGCGCUACAGUGACUUCCGCAAGCUGCAUGGAGACCUGGCCUAUACCCACCGCAACCUCUUCCGGCGCCUGGAGGAGUUCCCGGCGUUUCCCCGGGCCCAGGUGUUUGGUCGGUUCGAGGCCUCAGUGAUCGAGGAGCGGCGAAAGGGUGCAGAGGACUUGCUUCGCUUCACUGUGCACAUACCUGCACUCAACAACAGCCCGCAGCUCAAGGAGUUCUUCCGGGGUGGGGAGGUGACAAGGCCCUCCAAGGCGACCGGGGACACACACAUCCUGCCGCCCCCUCUGAUCCCCACCCCACCCCUCGACGAGCCCCGGCUACCCCAGCCACUCCCGGCAGAAAGGAGGGGCCUGGAGGAAUUGGAGGUGCCAGCAGACCCCCCACCGUCCAGCCCUGCCCAGGAAGCUUUAGAUCUUCUCUUUAACUGCGGAAGUGCCGAGGAGGCAUCGGGUUCCCCUGUCCGAGGCCCUCUCAGCGAGGCUGAGCUUGCACUCUUCGACCCCUUCUCUAAGGAAGAAGGCGCAGCCCCCAGCCCUCCCCACGUGGGUGAGCUGGCGGCAAUGGAGGUGGCGGCAGAAAGGCUGGACCGGGAACCCUGGGAGCCAGGAGGGCAGGAGGAGGAAGAGGACGAGGAGCGACGGCCCGCCCCUGCCUAUCUGAGCCAGGCCACAGCAGUCAUCACCCAGGCCCUGCGGGACGAGAAGGCGGGUGCCUACCCUGCUGCCCUCCAGGGCUACCGAGAUGGUGUGCACCUGCUUCUUGAGGGAGUGCCCGGUGACCCGUCACCUGCCCGCCGGGAGGGUGUGAAGAGGAAGGCCGCUGAGUAUCUGAAGCGGGCAGAGGAGAUCUUACGCCUGCAUCUGUCCUAGCUCCCACCCUGAGAGGGAGUGGACCCUUCCCUGGGACUUUUGCUCCAGCACUGCCAGCCACCCACGUCUCUUCCCUCCAGGGCUUAGCCCUACUUCCUGGUCUUGCAACCCCAGGGGCCAUUUCUCUCUGUCACUGGACCAAGAAAAAUAAUGAAGUCUCAGCUCUCUGACUACACCUGCCACCUUGGAAUCAGGGUCUCACACUUCUGAUCCUGCCUAUGUCUAUUUUGAUGUGUGAACAGCAGCUCUGGUUGCUAAACUAUCAGUCUACCCGUCUUUGUGUUCUUUUUU